AUGUCUGUCUCUACACCAAACAACAACAACAAUAACAAACGUACUAUUGACCAGGUAGUAGUAGGGGGAGGAGAUGGUAGCGAUGGUAAUGGCAAUCUUCUAUCAUUAUUUGAUGAUCCACAAGAUAUGGUGAAUGCGGUGAUAUCAACAUUGGCAAUGCCACAAGAAAGAACCAAUGUUGCUGAUACUUUUGCUAAUGAAAAGAACUUAGCAACAGAAGUUCAAGCUUAUGCUAAGAUUGCUGGAACUGAUUGGACUUAUUAUGUCAAAUCAUUGGCAAUUUCAAUAGGAAGAAAUACUGAUGUUACUAGUGGUACUCCUGGUUUAGUAGAUAUUGAUUUAGGUCCAGCAAAAGUUGUAUCAAGACAUCAUGCUACCAUUACGUAUAAUUUAGAUCUGAGAUGUUGGGAAUUGAAAGUUAUGGGAAGAAAUGGAGCCAAGAUCGAUGGAAGUAAAGUUUCUGCUGGUACUCCUACAACUGGUAAUGUUGGUCAUAGAUUAAGAUCAGGGUCAAUUAUUGAUAUUGGUGGAACUCAAAUGAUGUUUAUUCUACCUGAUGCUCCUGCUGAAAUUAUGCCUAAGAUCUUAGAAAAGAGUCUUUUGAAAUAUAAACAAAUGCAACAGAAUCCAAUCAAAAGGAAGAAUACCAAUAAUGGUGGUUGUAUUCCUCCUUCAUCCAGUGGUGGUCAUCUUGUUAAUAGUUUUCAAAUUUUUGAUAAAGUAUUAACGCAAUCUCCAUCUUCUGUAUCAGCAACUUCAUUACAAAACAAUUUAGAUCAAGAUUUAUCGAAAGAAGAAUCAAAAGAUAUAAAACCACCUUAUUCUUAUGCUACUAUGAUCACUCAAGCAAUUUUAUCAAAUCCAGAAGGUGUAAUGUCACUUGCCGAGAUUUAUAAUUGGAUUGCUUCUCAUUAUGCAUAUUAUAAAUAUUCAAAAACUGGUUGGCAAAAUUCAAUUAGACAUAAUUUAUCAUUAAAUAAAGCAUUUGAAAAAGUACCUAGAAGACCAAAUGAACCAGGUAAGGGGAUGAAAUGGCAAAUUAGUGAAUCUUAUAAACAAGAAUUUUUAAAUAAAAUCUCUGAUGGGACUAUACUGAAAACAAGAAGAGGUUCUUCAGUUUCUAGACAAUUACAUUUACAUUUGGCAACUCAUAAACAUUUACCUGAAUCUCAGAAUUAUAGCAAGGAAUCAUCUGUUUCCUCACUAGAUCAACAUCAACACCAACGCCAACAACAGCAACAGCAACGUCAACAGCCACAACAACAACAGCAGCCUGACUUACAACAAGCUGCCAUGUCAGCUCAGCAAUCGAUUCCAAAAAUGGGCCAGGCCCCAGGUAAUCCACCAGCUUCUUAUCCAAUACCAUCUAAUCCAAUGCAACCAAAUCCAUUAUCAUACAUAUCUGCAGGACAACCAAUUAAUAACAUGUAUGUACCAUCAUCAGCCAAUGCCAACCUUGGCGCCGCCCGUCCAUAUCCCGGAUUUCAACAACCACCAUUAAUGUACGCCCCAUCAAUCAUCCAACCAGGCACCACAUCAUCCACAUCUGCACCUAUUUCCCAACCACAACAACAACAGUCGCAAUUCCCACAACAAUCAUCCUUGGCAUCUCCAUUACGAGGGCAACAACCACCAUCAAUAUCCACCACAAUCACCACCGCCACCACCAAUGGAGGACCAGCCGAUUUGACCAGCACUCCAAAAUUACCAAAAGUCGGUUCUUCAACCUAUAAUCUCCCCCCACCACCACCAGUACCACCAGUUAAUGCGACAUUAGCAACCAUAGCCGCAGCUGCCGCAUCUUCUGCUACCCAUUCAAGAUCAAAUUCAUACAAUACUAAUCAAUUACAAGAUCUUUCACAAUUAAGUACAUCAACCUAUCAAAAAUCCACCCAGAUCGGUACCGAUAGUCAUACAUCAACAGCACCAAGUUCAGGGGGAGAAUUGGGUGGGGUGAAUAAUAAUACCAAUUCUACCAGUCCCAAGAAAAUUGGCGCCAUAGAGGCAUAUACCCCCGAACGUGGAUCUCGUAGUAGCGCGAUUGGAAAUACGAAUAAUGUGAAUGGUGGGAAAUUAGCGCCUCCUGGUGUGAAUACCAACCAAUCGUCGCCGGCAUUUUGGAAUUUUGUGCAGUUUAGUACUCCGAAUGGACAGACUCCAGGGAGGAAGGAUAGUGAUGAGAAUGGUGGUCAGGCUAGUCCUACUUUGGGUAGAAAGAAUCAGAACCCGGGGGAGAGGGGAAAUGAAUCGCCGUUUAAGAAAGAGGGUGGUGAUACUGGUGUUGCAAGUGCUAAUCUGCAACAAUGA